AUAAUGUGCGGUUACACUGCACGGAACCAAACACAAACAAAAAGAAAAUAAGUAAUUCUUUCUAAUAUCGAAGAGGCAUAAAGAAAUGGCUUUGGCAAACGUUCUUUUGCUUAGCCAGAUAGCUGGCCAUGUUCUACUCAUCAUAUUAUCGCUUUGCAUUGUGUUGCCCCUGUCGAUAAACCUCAAUCAAUUUUGCGGUCACUGCUUGCUUUUCACAACGGGGAAAUGGCGAGAGGAGGACGGCAUGUUUGAUGUGCAGUGGGCAUCGAGUGGCUUUUGUCAUUUUCCAUUGGUUACUGGCAUCUUUCUGUUCAUCAUCUCAGCCGUACAAAUCCACCGUUAUGUGCGCAUGAAGGAUGAAGAGUCAUUUAUUGCACUGUUUGUUGACGUUGUGCUUGGCAUUUGGAUGCUGGCAAUGUCCAUAAUGUCUGCCAUCUUCAUUACUCUGGGAUUCAUUGUGUGGUGCGACGGCAUGACAGAACGCUUUCCAUCGUGCGAAGUUUCAGCUGGCCAAAAUAUUAUCCGUGGUGAUACGGAGAAAAUCAACACAUCGGGAUUCUACAUUGAAAUGGGCACCACUCAGUUUGGCGCCUGGGGAGCAUUUGCAAUUUCUGUGGGCAUUGGAGUUAUUGCUUUGCUGAAACUGGUACACAAUCAUCAGGUGCGGAACAUCAAGGUUUCAAUGUAUCUAGAGAGACAACGUCUGGUCAAUCAACAGCACUUCGAUGGUCGUUCAACACCCCCAAUAGUUGCAAACUCGGGCGCCUCCUCGGACUCGGAGACGAAUAAAUAGUUAGCGUGUACGCCAAGUGAACAAUUUGUUAUACUUUAUGUUUUUCUCAUAAUGUGCAUAAUCAUAUUAUUAUGCCAUUUAAUUUUUGUGCUCGUAAUUACGGAUGAAAUGCGGCAGCAAGCAGUGGUCAUCUAAUUUGUUAUUUUAAUUAACCAUGUAUUUCUAAGUUACUUACGUGAUAUU